AUGGAUAAUCCGAGAGGGAAUCCAGCGCCGAAGAUGAAAUGGAGUGUAGACGAUGACAAGCUUUAUGAGGAUGCGCUAAAAGAGUUCCCGGAAGAGGUUGAGAAUCGCUGGGAAAAGAUCGCCAGUCGGGUGCCGGGGAAGUCGCCAGAAGAUAUCAAGGCCCAUUACAAUGCUUUAUUCGUGGAUUCUUUAAUCUCUGUCUUUGAUUUUCCAGAUAAAGAAGCGAAUGCGGACCCGAUCAAUAAUCCGAUUAACCACAAUGAGUCAAUUGAGACUUCGACUCGCUUCGGUGGAGUUGUCGACGAGGACGGGCCCUGUUGGACCGAAGGAGAACACAGGUUAUUUUUGAAAGGGCUCAAUGAAUACGGCAAAGGUCAAUUGACGGCCAUCGCAAAAUAUGUUGUCCGGUCAAGAACCCCAACACAGGUUGGUAGUCAUGCUCACAGAUAUUACAAGCGUCUCAACAUUAAUUGUGGUGCAAUAACGCUUCAGCCCAUCAGAGUUCCUCGUCGUGGUCGCUGCAAAAUGACGGCCUCCAACGCUGGCGGUGCAAUGGAGCCCUUGCCUACCAAUCUUCCCAGUCAAGAAGGCAAAACCCCAACAGAUGCCGUCAAUAAUGGUGCAAUGGAGCCCCCACCUACAAAUCUUCCCAGUAAAGAAGGCAACAAGCCAACAGACACUGUUGAUAGUGGUGCAAUGAAUCCCCCGCCUACAAAUCUUCCCAGUCAAGGAGGCAACAACCCAACAGACGAUGUCAAUAAUGGUGCAAUCCAGCCCUCGCUUACCAAUCUUCUCAAUCAAGGGAGCAACAACCCAACAGACGCUGUCAAUGGUGGUGAAAAGAAGCCGUCUCCUACCAAUUUUCUCAGUCAAGGAGGCCAACAAAAUUUCUAA